AAAAGGGGGUUGGGUGCGAGGUAUCAUGGAGGAUCAGUUAGAGAACGGCAGCCAUUGAAGAAAGCCGAGCCGUGGGUCCGCGCUCUGGAGUUUCUGAUUAUUUUUUUCUUUAAACAGUCAAGCCCAGUGCAACCAAUACAAACAAAAUGGAGAUGAAGAAGAGGAUCAGUUUAGAGCUUAGGAACAAAAGUCCAUCGGAGGUAGCAGAGCUUGUGGUGGAUAACUGUCGCUCAAGCGAUGGUGAGAUUGAAGGCCUGACGGAUGAGUUUAAGGAGCUGGAGUUCCUCAGCAUGGUCAACGUGGGUCUCACCUCCCUGGCCAAGCUACCCUCACUGCCCAAACUGAGAAAGUUGGAGCUAAGUGAUAACAACAUCUCAGGGGCACUGGAGACGCUCGCAGAGAAAUGCCCGAACUUGACGUACCUGAAUUUGAGUGGCAACAAGAUCAAAGAGCUUAGCACACUGGAGGCUCUGCAAAACCUUAAGAACCUGAAGAGUUUAGACCUGUUCAACUGUGAGAUUACAACAUUGGAGGAUUACAGGGAAAGCAUCUUUGAACUGCUGCCUCAGGUCACAUACCUGGACGGUUUUGAUGCAGAAGACAAUGAAGCUCCAGAUUCUGAAGCUGAUGAUGAUGACGAUGAGGAUGGCGAAGAAGGAACUGGUCAGCUCGGGGAUUAUGAGGAGGAGGAUGAGGAGGAGGAGGAAGAAGAGGAGGACGAAGAAGGCUCAGAGGGGGGAGAAGUUGGCCUGUCCUAUCUAAUGAAAGAUGACAUCCAGGAUGAGGAAGAUGAUGAUGAUUAUGUAGAAGAGGAAGAGGAGGAAGAAGGAGGAGGAGAGGCUGAAGUCAAAGGAGAGAAGAGAAAAAGGGAUGCUGAGGAUGAAGGCGAAGAUGAUGACGAAGACGAUGACUAACCUUUAAUGUUUGACUCCUUGGAAACAAUAUCCAAGCUGUAGAUCAACCCUGAAAAGACCGUGAUCUUGCAGAUUGUUUUUCUCUUUGUAAUCCAUAGAUAAACCACUGUAGAUGCUAAGUGUUUUCUUUUAUAAAUACAUUAUAUAUUACAUUAUAUAAAAAGGGGGUUUAUUGACAAGUUAUUUUUAGCCAUUCCAAGUUUAUCCAGAAAACGAAAAUCAAAAUGUCAUCGAGGGGUGGGCACAGGAAGAUUUGCAGGGCAUGUUUUUGUGAUUGCUUGUACGUUUGGAACUUGAGACAGCACUAGGAUUUUACGGAGGGGAGACAGCAGCAUUUGUGUGUCCAAAUCCAUAAGCUCAGUUCAGUUUGUGCUUCAGGUCCCAGUGACUUUUCCUAAGACCUCUGUGAGGAAGCAGAACAUGUCCUGUUCCUCAUCUACCUCUCCAGGUCUCAUUCUCAGCCCAUCACGAAGCAGCAAGCAUGUCAUCUCUGUCCCAUUAGAUGCGCUAGGCCAUCUCCUUUGUUCCUGCAUCAACCAAUCGCUGCCAAGGAUCUUGUGUCACAGUCUUUAUAUGGGAUGGUCUCCGAUUGAUUUAGCUUUUCUUGUAGAUCUGGAUUGCUCAUGUUGGCAGACCAGAUGGUAUGUGGUUUCAUGAAUUUUAAAAGUUUUAUGUAUGUAAAUGCGAUGUAAACGAAUUGAGCAAAGAUCAGGAGUUGGCAAAUGGAUUUUAAGUUUUAAUCUCAGUUUUUUAUUAAAGAGAUCAUUCAUGGAUUUAAUGUGACCUGUGAGCGUUUUUUGCCCUCUUUCCCUUUUUGUUUUUGACAAGUGUCAUUUUACAGUUAAAAUUAUUAUUUUUUUAGAGAAAUGACAUGGCUAGACAUUUUCUCGAUGUUCAGGUUUAACAGUUUUGGAUUAAAUAGCACCCUUAAGUACCUUUAUACCCUGUCUUGCUGUGGAAACAGGUUAGUUUCUACCUUGUCUUGAGGUGUUUUACAGAGUAAUACCUUUUAAUCUUAUGAUGUUCGUAUGGCAAUAUGUAUAUAGUAUCCGUUUCAACAGGUUGCCAUUUCUUUUUUUUAUCAAAUUAUUUGGUCAGUUGUUUUAAUACAAAAGCACAUUUUUGAGGGCUUACAUACAAGCAAUUCACUCGUUUCAUUUCCAGAAUUUGACUGUUGUGUGUGUGUUGUAUUUGGGGUUGUAUGUGUAGUUAAGUUCUUUAAAGAGUUUUAGUUUUUCAUUGAAUUGCAACGUUUUGUUUAAAUGGGUUGUUUUGUUUAGGUUUUUUUUAUGUCACAUCUCUAAGUUUGCAAGCUCCUUUGUUCGAUUGUGAACUCUAUUGGAGUUAGUGUUGUAAAUGAAUGAAAUGUCCUUUUGGUGAUUAAAAUGACAACUCGAUGUUCAACUUAUGUUUAAUAGAUGGGCCUUUGUUGGGCAAGGCUUUCUGCAAUUUGACUAUAAAAUUAUGAACUGAGAGCCAUGAGGCAGCUUUGCAAAUUUGCAAAACUGGUGAAGAAGCACUGUUUUUACCAUCUCAAGAGAUGACAGAAAUGAUCCAUUCUGAUACAAACAGUGAUAUUUCAAUAUAUUUUUUUUACAUGAAAGAUUUAUAAAAUCCUUUUGAUUAAUACAACCUGGAAUACGUGUGAUGUGGACAAUAAAGGAAAGACCUAUGACCAUUA